AUGGCCGCUGAAGGGCCGUCGAUGGCUGUUGCAGAGGCGGGGGUGGAAGGAGCGCCCACGGGCGGAGCGGCGGGCGGAGCGGCGGAAGCGGGGGUGAUCUUCGUGCUGGAAAAGGCGUCGCUCGAAGUCGCCAAAGUCGGAAAGACGUACGUGCUGCUGAAUUGCGACGACCACGCCAGCUUCCUGCGCAAGCACGGCAAGGACCCCGCGCUCUACCGCCCUGACAUCUGCCACCAGGCGCUUCUAGCGAUACUAGACAGCCCGUUGAAUAAAGCUGGAAGGCUCAAGGCUCUCUAUGUGGCCACCACGCGCAACACACUCGUGCAAGUUAACCCCCACAUCCGCAUUCCCCGCACGUUCCGCCGCUUCUGCGGGCUCAUGGUUCAGCUGUUGCAGAAGCUAUCCAUACGCGCUACAAACGGGCCUGAUAAGCUCCUCAAGGUCAUCAAGCACCCCGUCACUAAAUACCUACCGCCCGGGUGCAGGAGAAUAGGCUUGGAGUACAGCGCACAGAAGGUGGUGCAUCUGCGUCAAUUCUUAAAAACAACCAACUCAGAGACACUAGUCUUUGUGGUGGGGGCAAUGGCUAGUGGUGACAUCAGCAGUGACUAUGUGGAUGAGAUGAUUGCUGGUGAGUUGAGAGGGGUGGGGAGGGGUACAAUCGGGUCUACUCAAUACACACAGGGAUGGUGA